CAUACUGAGAGCAGGUGCUUUGUUACGCAAAUUUGUGAAUCUUAAUAUUCAAGCGCCAAAAACUUUCAGGAAUUACUGAAGUACAUCGAGACGGCGACAUCACUGUGACCUCUGAGACGACCGCGUGGAGCUUUAAAUCUCACGGAUCUUCUUUAGCGAAAGUUGUUCUCAGAUCAAGUAGACACUCGUGAAACGAAGAGAUAACAUCUCUGGUAGAGCAAGAAUUUAUCAAAAUGCUGAAAAUCGUUCUCGUGUUGAUUUUCGCGGCUUUCGCUCUGACAACGGCGUUGCCGUUGAGGAACACUUUUUACGAAGACGUCGAUGAUUACAGUCGCGAUUUUAUCCCGAAGGAAAACGCCGAUUUUGACGAAUCUGCCUAUGAUGGAUAUCUGCUUCGCCGCGAUCCGGUCGAAAGAAACCCAGAUGUCUUGGGGAAGUAUCGUAGCAUGCAGGAACGCCUGUAUGAUGAGUACUAUAACCGAGAUGCACAGGAAGAUGACGAAAGCAAGGCUGAGGAAGAUCUGCCUCUUGAAGAUGCUGAGGAAUCGCUCUAUCGUGAAGAGGAGCCAUGGACGAGUGAUGACGAAGCGGAAUCGUUUAAUGCGCCAACGGAAGAUGAAGAAGAUGAAGCAGAAUAUUACGACGAGGAACCCAAUGAUGCUGAGGUGGAAGAGAGCGAACAAGUUGAGGAUGAGGCCCCUACGAAUGAGGAUGAACCCGAAGAAGUACCGGACGACGAAGCCUUCGAAACAGCUGAAGAGGGAGUUGAAGCCGCACAAGAUGAUGGGGCCGAUAGUGCACCAGUGGAGG